AUGAUCGCUCAGCAGCGACCCACGCCGGCCAUGUCAGGAUCUUCGUUCUUUUCGCAGAUCUCCUCCUUCUUUGGAGGAAACGCAGACCAACCCUCUCGAUCCAGCUCCACCCGUCGCACCACCGCCUUUGGCUCCGGCUUCAGCUCCUCGCCUCGUCGCGGUCCUCCCCAGGCUCUCGACCCCAACGCGUGGUCCCUCCCUUACAGCAACAGCAAUACCAUCCCUGCCUCGCCCGCCUACACCACCGAUGGCGUCGCUUCACCCAGAGACGGCGCAUACCCUCCGGCCUCAGGCAUCGCUCGCGCUUCUUCACCCUACGGCAACGAGCACGUCUCGGCCGUCUCCACCAGCUCCGUAGCCGAGUUCAGCAACAUGUACCCUGCAGCUUCCACCUCGACCCUGGUCCCCGGCAGCGCCAGCCGUUCCGUCAGCGUGUCCACCGGCGGCUCUGCCGCCACCACCGCAUAUCCGCCCGUCCGUCAAACCUGGGGUCGUAUCCGCAAGUGGUGCCACAAGAACUACCCCGAGAUCUCGGACACGCUCAAUUGGCCCUGCACCAACGACGCGCUCGACGAGCUCGAGAUGACCAUUGGCUACGCACUGCCCACGUGCGUGCGCGAAUCGUACCUCACCUACGACGGACAGGAGCUCGAGUCCAACCAGUCGUGCCAGGACGGGCUCUUCUUCGGCGCCGCGCUGCUCAGCCUCGAACAGGUGGCGCAGGAGUGGAAGUUCUGGCGUGCGGUGGAUGAGGAUCCGGAGACGGCGGCUAAUCCGCAGGUGCGCAACCUCAUGGCGAGUUGCCCGCACAAGUGGGUGCGCGCCGAGUACUCGUGCCGCGGCUGGAUCCCUCUUAUCACGGACCAUGCGGGUAAUUAUAUUGGGGUGGAUCUCAGCCCGCAUCCUGCAGGAGGCGGAUCGGCGGGACAGGUGAUUCUGUUUGGCAGAGACUUUGACACCAAGGUGGUGUGCUGGAAGGGCGAGGGUGCCGGUGGAUGGGGAAGAUUCCUCCAGACGUUUGCGGACGAGCUCGAGACGGGUGAGUUCUGGACGCUCGAGGAAUUGGGAGCUGGCAGCGAAGAUGAAGAGGACAUGAUCGGCUACGAGAGCUACUUCAGUGGUGGUGCGGGUGCUGGACAGGGAGGGGGCGAUCGUGGAGGCGAAGGUUCAGCGAGCUUCCGACUUGCUGGCGAAUACAAGGGCUGGCCUGUUCUGGAAGCAUGGGCGGACCGUUCGGUGCGGUUGUGGGAAUCCGUCGGUCUCGCCCCCGGCAAGCCGGUCGGCAAUCCGCAUCAGCAACCGCAGCCUCAGCCGCAAUCGGUCGUCGACGCACGGUCUCACCGACUAUCGAUGCUCGAGGGCGAAGCGGACAUGCAACCGGCUUUGCGUACUGUCGACGAGAAUGGCGAGGCGAUCGACGCCGAGGGCAGCGGCGUCCAUCGCGCCCCAAUAGCCGUCGGCAAGGAAGAGGAGGGCGAAGUGUCGGUGGAUGGACCCGCCCACCCUCUCGCGGACAGCUCGCUGGCUGGCGAUACGAGCGAGGAGGUGCUCAUUGCUGCUGCGGAUGGUGACGCCUCGACCUCAACGGCAAACGGAAACGGCAGCGUCACCGAUGUCAAUCUCACUCCCACCAACAGCAUGCGUCGCACAUCGGGGAUGCUCUCCCCGCCGCAACCCGAAACCAAGGCAUCGAUGCGCAAGCAAAAGCAACGCGAAGAAGGAUGGGGAUCGCCCAUGCUGGGAUCGACAUCGCCUGUAGUAGGUCAACAGCAGCAGCGUCGACCGACGCGACCCGCGCCCGCUCCCGCGCCCAUGCUCGAUCUGCCCACGCUCGAGGACGUGAAAGCGAUCCAAGCCGCGGCGCUCGCCAACGACGGCAAGUCGCACAGCGUCCAAUUCGACGCGCACGCCCAAGGUCGAAGCUCGUUCAGCAAUCUCGGCUUCCGCGAUCUCGCCGGCAAGCGGGCCGUCCCCAACGGAAACGGCAUCAUCGGCAGCCCCAACGGUCAACCCGAACGGUCGGAGAGCGUCGAACUCGAAACGCGCGCUAGCGCGGAGAAUCGCAGUGCGUACAUUGUCGGUCAGCGCGGGAGAGCGCGCGGGCUGGGGCUGGACGAGGUGGACGUCACGGCUCAGGCGUUGGGCGGGAUGAAUGUGAGCGUGCCAGGCACGCCCAAGUUGAUCGAUGCCAAUUCGGCACCUGGCUCGCCCGCGUUCAGGGGUAGGUUGGGCGAGGCUGAGGUUCCUGCGGCUAUUGCGUGA